GAAAUGUAACAUGCGGUGGUUUGUAGAGCGUAAAGCGUGUAUGUGCAGGGGGGAGAGGGCUAUAUGCUGUGAGAGGAGGGUUGCAGUUGGCGGAGUGAGGCUAGACCCGCCUCCAUGUUACGUAAAAGUCCAAUCGGGCCGCCCGUCUGUGCUGGCUUGGGCGGUUCGCAGUACCUCACACGAGGAGUCUGCACAGUGCACACAGUAGCAAGCCGAAGUCGGCGGGGGGGGAAAUAAUCGCCAUUGACUGUGCUAAAAUCCCUGUUAUCAUGUCCGAAUUGACAAAGCAGCAGUUAAUAAAUGAGCUGGUGACCCACGGAGUAGAGCUGCCCGCCUCCACAGCCAAGAAGAGCGAGUACGUCAAGAUAUACGAAAAAUAUGUGGCCCCUGUUGCACAGUCCAAAGGGGAUUUCUCGUCAGACGAUGAGGAUUUACCGGUGAACGACGUGAAGGCUCAGGUGACCACCAUGGAUACAAGCACACUGGUGAUCAACGGUCUGGACAUCACCAGCCUGGAUGACGAUGACCUGUAUGCCCAACUGCAGGAACUCGGCUCACCUGUCGGUCCCAUUGUGGACAGCACAAGAUCGGUGUACCAGAAGAAGCUGUUUGUGCUGCUGGGUGGCUAUGUCCCAGAGCCAUCACAAACCUUUAAUGGGGAUGUGGAGCAGGAGGAGGAGGAGGAGUACUCCGACAGUGAGCCAGAGGCUGUGGUCGAUGCUCCCUUGCAAACACGCAACAGAGUGGUGUCACAAUCCUCCUGCACAACCUACACCAGCACUUCCUCGGGUGCGUCUGCUGCCAGUCCUCCAGCCUCACAGUUAUCAGAAACACGCAGGCGGUUGCUCCACUCAGGUGGUAAUGACAGAGAAUCAUCAGGAAUGGUGUAUGACCCAGACCUGCACACCCCAUCCCCACGACGCUCCCUGCGCACUGUGACCUCCUCCUCCUCAGAAACCACCACCUACCGCAGGAUGUUCAACAAUGGCAAGACUUCCAGCAGUGCCAGAUUUGCAAGCGAUGGUGGGAAGGAUGAAGUGGACAGUCCUCCAGCUCCUGGAAAGCUGUCCUCAGCUCUGCGGCUCCUAGUCAAGCUCCUCUUUCUUGCCCUCAUCAUUGCUACUGCUCUCUACUUCUACCAGAACAACCCCACUGAGAGUCCCUUCAAAGCCAUAGAGGAGAUGGCUCGCCAGGCACUGGAGGCAGCUUCAGGGGAGGAGGUGACCACCUCUCCUGAGGAUGCAGAUGGACCUGCUGCCUCCCCGCCCCCCCAGCAGCCAGAAGUGACCAAUUAGACCACAGUAUUAGAGCUCAGCAAUCACCUGGUGGUCCUGAUGGAGUGGCAUGUACUAGUUAGUGUUGCCUCAAGCAAUGCCUGAGCCUGAGAACAAACCCAGGCCAAGAAAAGUAUUGUUUGGUCUAUUUAAUGUAUUAUUCUAAUCUAAGGUGUUACCUGAACUCUGAAAGAUAUUUGUGUGUUGAAUGUAUUUCCUAAUUGAUUAGAGAUUUAUUUUCAGUUUUUUAAUACGAGAAAGAAAGGCUUGCGGAGUUAUUUAUUUUCCUUAGUCAAGUUUAAAACGACAUUGGGAUAUCAGGCUUUAGAAGUAUUUUCUUUUACAUAUGCAAUAUAUAGAUCUUUGUUUAAUAGCAACAGUUACUUUUCUUACUGUUUUUCAUUCAUCCUUCAUUAUGAAAUCUCUAUUCUUAUUUACAUCAUUCAGGCACCAGCUGCCUGUCUGAUCUAUAAGUUUCCUUCCAUUCUUUGGUCUCUCCAGCUUCUUUCCUACUUCAACACAGAUUUAACAUCAUUACCUUGCUUCCUACGUGUUAAGGAAUUAAAACCCUUUGUACACUUGACACACAUUGAUAUUAUGUAUGCAGAAAAUUAAACAUUUUGGGUACUACAAAAGAUGACUUUGUUCCAAAGGAAUUGGCUGGUAGGUACUGGCUGUCUUGGGAGCCCUCUGUACCUCAGCAAGAGAAGUGGCAAUGCUGGCAUCCGUCCACAGCCUGAACACUCAAUGCUUCAGUAUUCAGGCUCUUGGCUGAUGCACGUUCUUUGUGUUUUUUGUAGAGUGAAGCCUCACUGAUUCAGACACCUUAGGAAUUCACAAUUUUGAUGUGAUAGGUAACAUGAACAUUCUUUGUUUACUGUGUGAAUUAGCAUGUAUUAGAAGUUGCUUGAAUCACAUUCUGCAACAUUCUUCCUUUAUUUACUGCUCUAGUUUCGGCAUGAGAUACAAAGCAGGAAACAGUGAGGCUUUACUUGUUGGUGUAUUUGAUAUUCUCUGGUUUAAACAUAUGUACAUAGAGUCUUACUGAUUUUUCUAAACAAUUUAAUUUACACAAACAUGUGCUCAAAAUAGUCCCGAGUGAUUUGUGAAGGUUUUGAUAAUUGGUAGCUCCGUCCGACUUGCAGUAGCCACCAUGGGUAUUCUCCACUUUAUAAAAUUACUCCAAGUUCAUCUACUUUUCAAAAAUACUCUGUUUAUUGCUUAAUCUGCUAAAAGCUUUGAUAGUGUUUUGCCUGUUUUAAUUCUCUUGAACUGUGUAACAGCAAGUUUAAGUUGACCCAAUAAACACUAUACAGCAUAUUGCUCCUGGAUGGCUUCCAAGUCUAAGUCUCAUGAAGGAUCAGUCAUUUGUUUCUGACUUCCCUGUUCCUCACUAACCCUCUCUGUGGUGAUACUUUGAUGAGGUGUGAAGACUUCUCAUAACUUAAGGUAAUGUUAUACAAAAAUUGAAGGACAUAUUUUGUGACUAAUCACUCAAUCCUGGCAGAAACAGUGGGACCUGCCCACCAAAAUCCUCAAGUGCCAGGCACAAGUAUCUUCAGUUAGUAAGGUUUUAAAGACCCUUGGGCACUAGAGGAUCUGCUACAUAUAAUGCUAGAAAUUUGGGGCUCAUUAUGACCUUCAUACAUUGUUAAAGCAAGCAUCAUUUAUAGUUGGAACUGGCAAUAGAACUGUCACCCAGUGUAGUCUACUCUAGUCUUUAUAAAGUCUAAAUGUGUACUUGGCAAUGAUGUGGUAGGAUAGUGCAGGUCAACCAGACUCCACCAGGGCUGUGAUGCUCCUUUGAUGUAAAUGGUAAAACAUUUAUGUAUUGACUGUCAGUGGUUCCAUCCCCAGUCACUCCCUCAUGGUAUCAUCUUUUGGAUGAAAUCUAUACAAUAUUUUGAUAAGUAUUCUUGAAGUAAACAAUGCAACAGAAACUUAUAAUUCUACAUAAAUGAUCAGUUAUGACGGUUUAGUUAAUGCAACAAAUAGUCUGUGAUGGUUAUGCUAACUGCCUCCAAAACAUGAGAUAUUCAGGCCUCAAGGACCAAAAUGUACAAAUGGAAGUAUUAAGAUAAGGAAAUGGUCCCUUCUGGAAUAGUCUGACAUGUUUCCUCCAUCAGUUUUAUAACAGUACCCUGCGUUCCUCAAAAAUUGGUUGUACACUAUGGAGCCUCUAGUGGUUUGCUAAGAGUUUGUGGACUGAGUCACUUGCACUGAACCAGAGUAAAUUUUUCCCCUCAUUUUCACUCAGGGCUAAUGAAUCCCUGCUUUUGUCAGAAUUGCUAAAAACAUGAAAGGCUUUUAUUUUUCUAUGCAUCCUCAAUAAUGGGGGAGAAUUCUAACUUGAAGGAUUGAUUGUAAUACACCAAUGUGUGUUUGUUAUUUUUGAGUGAGUGAUGAACCUUUAAAGUCAAAACCUUCAUACAUUUUUGUAACAUUGAAUAAUAAAAAUAAAUUCUA